GAGGCAGGAGGGAUGCUGCCUGCCUUGGCUGGGAGUGCAGCUUUUCCUGCUCGCUGGAGCCGGGGGUGGUGGUGAGGGAUUUGUGUGUGGAAAUAAAAAUAAGUGUCUGGGAUGUCUGCCCUUCUCGCAGGCAUCGCUCGUGCCCAUAGGCUUGUGUGGACCUGCCUUAUUGUGGCACUGGAAUAAACCAUCGCUGAGCUCUGAUACUGAGUGCAUUGACAUGGAUACUUGGGGGGGGAAAAGUUAAAAGAUAAAAAUCUUCCUGAUGCAUUAAAUGUGUUGCCCGAUGUAUGGCGCGAGUUAUGGAGCUCGAGGUCCUGACCAUACCCUUAUUUCUGCAUCCUCUGUUCACCAGAGGGGGAGAAUGCCUCUAACAACAAGUGAUACACAGGUUUGGUGUGGGAACAGUGGCAAGUUUUCCACGCUGCGUGUUCUGGGUGGGUUUUUUGUCCUGUAGGUUUGGAUCUCUUUGUAAAGACUGAUGACAGCAAAAGCAGGUCGGGUGGUCCCUGCUCAGAGCUGUGGGGGGGACGCACAGAUCCAGAGGCCUCUCAGCUGCUCUCACAUACCCCAGGACAGCUCAGAAGCGGGGCUGGGUGCACAGUUCCUUGAGGAAAAGGCCUCCUGGCACUAGAUUUACUGAGAAGGUGGCUGUGGGUGAGGAGCGGUGGUGCUCGCUGUGGUGCUGUGCAUAAGCCCUGCUGUGUGUCUGCGUGCCUGCCUUCCAUGUGCAAUGAGAAAUGUGUUCCUAGCCCCACUGACCCCCUGAAGGGCUCUGUGCCGUCGCUGACCUUGCUCCAGUUCAGUGGAUUCAGGUGUUUUUGGGAUAACUCUGAAUAUCUGAAGUCCUGAACCUAAAAUCAGCACGUGGUUUAGUUCCUGCUGUUUCUAACUGCAAUUGCUCCUUCAUCCACAGUAAAUCACUGCAGGAGCUGGUUAGUCCUGUCCCUUCUGUCUCCUGACAGAGUUAUGGCUUUGCCAUAGCAAGGCGUCACACAGGGUGAGAAGAGAUAAGUUUGCCCCCCAGGUCUGAUCAGUGGGGCAUUGAGCACAGGGAGAAGACAAAGCAUGAAAAACAAGUGAGUGAAACUCCUCUGCGAGCAGAGAGGGAUAUAGUCUGCUUCUGCAGGACUUUGUUGCACUCUUGUGGGGUUACCUUCAGUUUAGUUUUGCUUUUCUAGCUGAAGAGCUGCUGUCACGGGUGUGCAGGAGCUCUGCCACUCUUACUGCUGCCCUUAGCUUGGUCCAACAACCUUCAGGAGAUACAUGUCCUUUGCUUUCCUGCGGGGUAGUCAGUUUUAUGGCAGUGGAGAAAAUAGCAUGGCCCUGUUUAUUGCAGAUUGUGGGUAGGAGUUGCAGAGGUGAGAACCGGCACGGCUGUGAAGUUGAUGGAAACAGGAUGGCUGCUUUACCUGUAUCCAUCAAUCUCUUGUGGAAGGGAAGAGCACCAGGCUGCUUCUGACACGCAGGUAGGCAGGAGCCCCCUGGAGCCGAGUGAGGCAGCAUGGCAAUGUUCUUGGGGGCCAGGAAUGCCCACUCGGUCCUGAAGCGCUUUCCCCGAGCCAACGGCUUCCUGGAGGAGAUCCGGCAGGGCACCAUCGAGCGGGAGUGCAUUGAGGAGAUCUGCAGCUAUGAGGAGGUCAAGGAAGUGUUCGAGAACAAGGAGAAGACGAUGGAGUUUUGGAAGGGCUACUCCAACGCUGUCUUCUCUGUCAAGGACCCAGGGCACAGCACGGAGCGCUCAGACGCGAUGUACGUGGUGGUGCCCCUCUUGGGAGUGGCUCUUCUGAUAGUCAUCGCCCUCUUCAUCAUCUGGAGAUGCCAGCUUCAAAAGGCCACCCGCCACCGCCCUUCCUAUGCCCAGAACCGUUACCUGGCCAGCCGAACGGGACGCAGCCUCCCCAGGGUCAUGGUGUACCGGGAGCGGUCGCAGAGCCAAGGGGAAACCCAGUACCAGCGAGAGGCCAGCAACAGGGUGGCUGGAGAUGGCAGAGCUGGGGGCACCCCCCAGCAAGACAGCACCCUCUACCCACCAGAGCAUUCGGUCUCUGUCCUCUCCAGACUGUCCAGUGCCACCCCUCCGCCUUCCUAUGAGGAGGUGACGGGCCACCCAGAGAGCAGCAGUGGUGAAGAGACCAGCGUCUCCUACAAUGACCCACCACCCAAGUAUGAAGAGAUCGUGGCCACUGCCCCUGCUGCAGGCACAUAGUGGGGUCUGCCUCUCUCCUGCCUCUUCACAUACUCGCACUCACCCACCCACCCUCCCUUGGCCGUGCCUGGGGCCCCCAUUUAGGUGCCACUUGGCACUCCAUCUCACCUGUACAAGCUGGUGAAAUCACAAUAGCCUUACCCUCCUAACCAUAAAUAGUUGUCCCCAAGUGGUGAGGCUGGGCUGCAGGGAUGGCUCUGGAACCAGCCACCUCCUGCGUUUCACUCCCCUCUCACGUAAGUGCUGUAGCAGCCAGAGCAGAGCAGCAGCUCGUUCCUGGCUCAACACAGGGGUCUCCCCAUGGUGCAUUUGAUUUCCUCACUCUCCUCCCUCGAAUAGACAUAACAUUUCCCAUGUUUGAAACAGCCUCGCUGCCUCCCUGGGGCGCUGCUCAGCCUUACCCCAUGGCCUCGCUGCGCCCUGUUUUGCUGCUUGGGGCUCAGAUGAGGAGCUGGGGAUGCAGGAGUGAGUUUCUGUCCAUCCCCACAGGCAGUGUCCACACUCUCCCUGGAGAGAAAGUGCCUCCCUUGUGUGGAUUUGCUGCCAGGUGGAUUGGGGAGCCCGGUCCAUCCUGUGGUGCCUGUAGCAAUAUUUGCUGUCCAGAGAUGAGGGAGGAGCAGUCAGGGGGUGCUCUCAUCUCCUAGAGCUUCUUGGGAAUGGGGAAAGGCUUGUGGUGGUCCUGUAUGGGAGAUAAUUGACUUCAGAGUAGCAGCUUCUCUUCCUGAUGCUCUCUGCUUUUCCCCAGGGUACCAGGCAGCUGCAGGUCUGGCUGUGGUGGAGCUGGCUGGAGGGGUCAUCUCUGACUUCAAGCCAAAGCUGGUCCCAUGGGGAUGUGCCUCUUUCCUGGCGUGUGGCCUGUCUGCUGUCUGCCCCAGAGGUGCGGUGCAGGCACAGGGAGCCUGUGGACAGGCCAAACCUCCCCUCUCCCUACCCCAGACCUCCCCGUCCUGCCUGGCCCUUCUUUUUUGGGGCUCUUUGUCCUCCAGAGUAGGUAAAGGGGAACACGAGACCGUAUUCUCUUGGCUCUUGGUGGCUGUGGCCAUGGCCGUGGUGUGAAGGGCCUGCUGAUAGAGGCAGCUGCAGGGCUGGGAGCUGGCUGAUCAUGCCCCAACCCGCUGAUGCCAGUGGGUCAGGAGCAGGGCCAGACCCUGGCCGGAUGGUUGUGCUUAGGGCAGAGCCAGGUGCUUUGCUGUGGGAUCAGUGUCCCCUUUUCCUGGGCAGCUGCUUUUGGGGUCCAAGCAACGGGGCUGGCCUUUCCCAGUCAUGUCUGAUGGGUUAAAAAGGGGGUGGUGCCCACUAACCCCCAGGAAUAGCCCACAAACUGCCACCACUUGGUGUUCACCCCAGCACCAGCCUCUCCACCAGCACCGAAAGGCUAUUGUGCAUCCAUCGGCUGCCUGCGCCCUGCUCGGCCCCAGCAAUGCUCUCGCAGCCGGUGCCCUCAGCCCAGCGCUGAGGCUUGCCCAGCUCCUGGGCAGGAUAUGUGGGGUCUGCAGCUGCUGGCACCUUGUCUGUCCCCUCCCAGGCCUUUACUCUGCCUUUCAGCCUCAGCAAACCGGGGUGAUGGGAAGACCUGACAGUAAGCGUUGGGGUCAGAGCCUGGGAAAGACCAGAGGGAGACAGAAGGGCGCUUUGCAUCCUCUGUCUUUGAUGCUUGGUUGUUAUCCCUGCAGUUUGUAUUCUGUAAAACCUGGUAUAUUUCUGUGCAAAAAAGGAAAAAAAAGGUAUUUAUUAAAAAACCCUCACGGUC